ACAGUAUGCCCCAUGGCUGCUGCUGGGGGCAGCUGGGCGCCAUGGGGGAGCGGCCUCCCCGGUCGAUUGCACGAUUUCGUGAAGACUGUGCUCCUCCAGCAGCUAGUUUCGCCCGGCGCAGCGGUGUGUGAUCUUCUGUGCGGUAGAGGGACGGACACGGCGAAAUUUGGAGCGGCGGGCAUUGGUAGCUACGUGGGGCUCGAUUUGUCCGCGUCGGCUCUCCAGGAUGCUGAAGAGGAGUGGAGAACUCUCGGCAAGCCGUACACUGCGAGCUUCUGCCAGCUUGAUCCUUUUCUCGGAGACCUUGAAUCGAAGCUGCAGGAUAAGGAGCUCCCAUUUGAUACCAUCUGUUGUUUGGGACAUUUGCAGGACUCGUUCUCGAGCGAAGAGAAAGUAAAGCAGCUGCUGGAAAACGUUGUUAGCUUACUAAAAUUUGGCGGCAUUUUCUUUGGAAUCACUGCUGAUGCUUCAACACUCUGGUCGAAGUAUCAAAAAGCUGUUGAAUCGGCAUUGAAGACAGGAACUUUACGUCCUGGCAGCACAAUUCCCCGUGUCAAAGCCGAACUUUACACCAUCACUUUUGACGAUGAUCGAUUUAAUAUAUUUGGGACAAGGUAUCAGCUGCGUUUUGCUGAUGAUGGGCUUGCCCCUCAGAGCCAACUCCUCGUCCAUUUCCCUAGCCUUAUCAGAUUGGCUAAAGAAGCUGGGCUGGAAUUUAUCGAGAUCCAAAAUCUGGACGAGUUCUUUGAAGAUUAUCGGCAUCUCUUUGCCGACGCAUUUACAAGUAACUGCUCGAGCUUUUUAGAUCCGAAAGGAAAGCUCAUGGCACCAAUUCGCGAUGUUCUUAGUUUGUAUACUACGUUCAUAUUCAGAAAAGCGGAAUCCUAUUCCCCAGGUCGACCAGCUCUUCAACCUACUUAUGACCUGAAGGAGUCGAUAUCUACGCUAACAACGGAAGUGAUCAAAGUUACUGAGCAGAAGCCGGAAUUGCGAUCGUUUUCUCGUAGAUCGCAUAAAAAUUCAGAUGGCGAGACAAAGAAAAAGUCGAUUUUCCGUAAAGACACGGAAGACAACAGUAAGAUUGAAGCCGUGGAGGAAGUUAAAGCUGAAGUAGUCAAGGAAUUACGAACUUACGAACGUGCUCAACGUGACUCCAGAAGAAGAGGUUCCGAGAGUAGAGCCCAGGUUCAAGAAGCUGAUUCCAGAAAGCAAGUAGCAGAAAGUCAGGGGGAAUCGGCACAAGAGGACGAAGGAGGCGUUCGCAAAAGCGGCAUGGACUCUACGAAGUGUCCGGACGUGGAAAACGAUUCCUCGAGGUCUACGAAGCGUUCUGAGAUGGAAGACGAAUCCUGGAGGCCUACAAGGCGUGCAGACUUGGAAGAAGAUUUCCGAAGAUCUGCUAAAGGUGACGAUGACUCCAGGAAGUCUGCGAAGCGAGCGGAGACGAGUGACGAUUCUCGAAGGUCUACCAAACGUUCAGAUAAGGAUGACGAUUUCAGGAGGUCGACAAAGACGGAUGACGAUUUCAGGAGGCCUGCAAAACGUCUGGAAAUGGAGGAAGAUUCUAGGAGAUUUUCCAAGCGGCUAGAGGCGGACGAUGACUCCCGGCGGAGUUCGAGACGUCCAGAGGAUUCCAGGAGAUCUUCGACAAAGCGUUCAGACGUAGAUGAAGAUGUUGGGAGGCCGUCAACAAGGCGUUCAGAGGCGGACGAUGAUUUUCGGAGGUCUGCAAGGCGGCCAGAGAUGGAUGACGACUGCAAAAAGUCUGCAAAGCGGCCAGAGGUGGAUGACGACUCCAGAAAGUCUACAAGGCGAGGAGAGAUGGAUGACGACUCAAGAAAGUCUACGAAGCACGAAGAUGAUGCCAGGAGGUCCACUACAAGACGUCCAGAGGCGGAAGAUGAUUCUAGGAGGUCUACUACAAGACGUCUGGAGGUGGAAGAUGAUUCCAGAAGGUCUACUACAAGACGUCCCGAGGUGGAAGAUGAUUCCAGGAAGACUACAAGACGUCCCGAGGGGGAAGAUGAUUCCAGGAGAUCCACUACAAGACGUCCCGAGGCGGAUGAUGAUUCCAGGAGGUCUACCACAAAGCGUCCAGAGGCGGAUGAUGAUUCCAGGAGGUCUGCUACAAAGCGUCCAGAGGCGGAUGACGAUUCCAGGAGAUCAUCUACAAAGCUUCCAGAGGCAGAAGAUGAUUCCAGGAGGUCUACCUCAAAGCGUUCAGAACCGGAAGAUGAUCCCCGGCGGACGGAGGAGGACUCGAGGCGGUCGACUGCAAAGCGUCCAGAGACGGAUGACGAUUCCAGGCGGCCAGCAAAGCCUCGAGAGGCGGACGACAGGCCUACAACGCGGGAAGAGGUGCUUCCAGAAGUGGACGAUGAGUCCAGGAGGAAACACCACGAAGCCGACGUUCUUCCACCAUCAAGAACGUCAACUCCGCCACCUCCGCCACCUCCGCCGCCACCACCGCCGCCGCCAGAGACCGAGGCAGAAGCAGCAGUAGCAUCAACUUCGACGACUUCCACUCCGACUUGUUUGGAAGCGGCGGCCGAAGUAGCAGCGCCGGAGCCAACCGGAGAGGAAGCUGCGCCGCCGUCAAAAGCUCCACCCGUUUACGAAUACAAGAGGAGGAACCAGCAUCGCUGGGUGAACAAGGCUUACAUCCAGCCGCAAGCACCACAGCCGCCUCCACCGCCGCCGCCGCAAGCAUUUCCAAGCCCAGGUUCCGAGAUGGAGCUUCGAGCCGAGAUGGAAGCUUACCAGCGGAGGCUCAACGUUCCAAGUAUCUUGGGACCAGGACCAGCAGUUCCACUCAUGAUCCAUGCUUUCAGGAGAGGAGACGCGAGUAGAAACUACAUGAAAGACCGCAGCUUUCACAGGGGGAUACAAGACUUUCUCGGCGCUCGGGAAGCUGUCCAUGAUGACUUUGGUGACUGGCUUCCCUGGCUGUAGCUCCUUGACGAACAAGAGGCUUAUGAAAGUCUCCAGGAGCUGGGGAACGAAGACGCGAAACAGGAGUGAGACCUUGUACCAGGUCGGCACCACCACGUAGCGCUCGCCCCUGGUGACCGCGGACACGAUCUGCUUCGCGCAGUACUGCGUUGAAGCUACUGGAGAAGGGCCGACGAGAGUCUGCGAAGUGAAAGCUCGUGAGCGAACUCCAGAACUGUCGAUACAGAGAAUGGUUUCUCAAACUUACGUCGCGUAUGUCAACGUUCAUGUCGUGCUUCCCCUCGGCUGACAUGAACUUGCCCAUUGUCAUCUCGCUGUGGAUGUAGCCAGGCAUGGCAAUCGUCAUUCCUCCUAUAUCUGAUCGAAGCUCAGUCCUCAGGGUAUCGAAGAAGUUCACCACGGCUGCUUUGGAGGCCUAGAAAAUCCUUGUUUGAGACGAGCAAAGAAAUACAAACUUUACGUUGUA